GUCUCCGGGCUCAGCAUCCCGCAGGACCCUCCGCCGCGCGCGCGCGGGGCCGAGCCAGCCCAUGAAGCCGCCCGCCGCGCAGAGCAGCCCCGCGGCCGCCGCGGCGGCAGCCCCGGCCUUGGACUCGGCGGCCGCCGGGGACCUGACGGAUGCGCUGUGCGAGUUUGACGCGGUGCUGGCCGACUUCGCGUCGCCCUUCCACGAGCGCCACUUCCACUACGAGGAGCACCUGGAGCGCAUGAAGCGGCGGAGCAGCGCCAGCGUGAGCGACAGCAGCGGCUUCAGCGACUCCGAGAGAAAGAAAGCUGGGACAGUCUGUCCAGUGCUGUGCUCUUGCAAAGAACAACUCCUUUCUAAACCACAGCAGCGUUUGGCUGGGAUAUGGUCUGAGCUGGCCCAUCAGGGGUGAUUGCAACUCCCUGGGAGUAGGAUUUCAGAGUUGGUUUUCAGGGGCCUCAAAGACAAGGCACUCAGAAACACAUUCUUAACGAUUUGGGGGGAGACAUUUGGAGUUGUCUACAGUUUCUCUUGAGGGGAGGGCAUGCCCUUGCACGCACGUGUGUAUUUUGUUUUCUGUUUUUGUUGUUAACUGUUUUGCUGACCUUUAGUUUGAUGGCUAGAGGCAUAGUAGGGACGGUCUAAAGAAGGCUCCGAUGACACUUGUCUUCCUUAUAAAUGUGUAGUUUGUCCCCCAUAAGACUGGUUAGAAAUAGUGUUGGCAGAAGCAGUGUCAAAUAAUAAUUUCUUGAGGAAGCAUAAUGUUUGUCUCUUAACUACCACCAAGAACUGAGCACAGACAUUUACUUAUUUGAUGUGUUUACCUGUUCACUGCUUUUCUGAGGAGGACAAUGAGAGAGGUAGAUCCUACUGAGAUUUAGGCUACCAAAGAAGGACAUACCAGGAUAAUGAUCAAACGAGUAGCUCACUUUUACGAAGCCUUUAUUAGGAUUAUUAUUAUUAUUUAUUAGCUCUUACUAGUAGUGGUCCCUUUGCUGUGCUUUACAUGUGUUAUCUCAUAGGAUCUCUACCACAGUCCUAAAGACUGCUCUGGUCACCAUGGAUGGUUAGCUGGUCCUACUGGACCUGGGUCACGUGCCUCUUUAUAGUUGUUGUGCCUGAAGGUGUCUUUUCAAGGCAGUGGUCAUCUGCCUGGGUCAGUGGGGCCCAGGCUGAGUUCUUUGGGGGCCCUGGGCAGUAGGUGGGCCUCAGUUUCUCUAGCUGCGAAAUUGAAAGGAUGCUGCUUAGUAGUGCUAGUGGGAAACAUCCAUAGGCUCAACGAUUUAGGAGAAAAAAUUUGCUCUGUUUCAUGCUUUCAGGAAAACAUUAAAAUGCAUGCACCAGGCUCUGUUCUAUAGAUCAGAUACAAUUGUUCAAGUGUCAAAUGGAAAUGUUACAAAUGAGCUAUCAGCCAGUGGUCCUUGAUUCUCACUCAGCCUCAUCUAGGGCUCUAUCAUUCAAGAAAGGUAGCCACCUUACACAGUAGCUCAAAGCAGCAAUUCUGUUUUUUGAAGAACCCUUCCUUAGGGGCGCCUGGGUGGUUCAGUUCGUUAAGCAUCAGCCUGAUUGUAGCUUAGGUCAUGAUCUCAGGGUCGUGAGAUUGAGCUCCGUGUGUGGGCGCCAUGCAGAACCUGCGUAAGAUUCUCUUUCUCCUCUGUCUCCCUCUGCCCCUACCCCAAAAAAAGAAAAGGAAAUAAAGAAAAGAACCCUUCCUUUUCUUACUAAAAUAAAAAAAGGGUUGCUUGCAUCCAAAGAAGAAACAGACUAUUCCUUUCAUCCAAAGAAGCAAAUUACUUAGAAGAAUGUACGUUUAAUAAGUACUCCCUGUUCCCACUUACAGGGGGUCCUUUAGAGACAUGAAGAGGACCAAAAUGAAAAUUGCAAGAUCACGCCACAUUCGGAUGGCAUUCAAAUGGGGCUUGAUCAAAACAGGCUGGUUCCUUUCCCCUAGACUUGGGUCCAACAUACACUUUGGUGGGAGCUGUCUUAAUGUCAGCAGUAAAAGGGCGGUGUAAUUAGGAGCUCGGGCAAUGUUGUUCAAACUUGAUCCUUAGAGGUUUGCCCCAGAGGCUAUAAAUUUCUUGGGUUUAAACUUAUUUUAAAAAAUAUACUGCUUUUUAGUAUUUUUUAAACAAAAUAUUAUUUAUUUCUGGGACAGAGAAA